CCACCCUUCACCCGGAAAUGAUUGUGGAGGAACAUGGCGUUGCUGGUGCGAGUCCUUAGGAACCAGGCUAGCAUCUCCCAGUGGGUUCCGGUAUGCAGCCAGCUGGUAUCAGCGUCCCCUACCCAGAGGCAGUGGGGCAGGGCUCCCGCCAGCACAUCCCAGCGGCCCCAGGUGAAUCAGGCUCACUUCUGUGCCGGAUCAGAGCAGACUGCUGGAGUGGACACUCUGCAGAGUAGGAGAUACCACACUACGAGUAGGAAGCUUUCUACUCCCCAAGAUUUCCCGAAGCCUGUUGAGGAGAAGGUUGGACCCUUCACGAAGAUAAUAGAAGCCAUGGGAUUCACUGGACCUUUGAAAUAUAGUAAAUGGAAAAUUAAGAUCGCAGCCCUACGCAUGUACACGAGCUGUGUGGAGAAAACUGACUUUGAGGAAUUCUUUCUGAGGUGCCAGAUGCCUGAUACAUUCAACUCCUGGUUUCUUAUAACCCUGCUUCACGUCUGGAUGUGUCUAGUCCGAAUGAAGCAGGAAGGCCGGACUGGAAAGUACAUGUGCCGGGUCAUAGUUCAUUUCAUGUGGGAAGAUGUGGAGCAGCGAGGCAGAGUCAUGGGGGUCAAUUCCUAUAUCCUAAAGAAGAACAUGGCCUUCAUGACAAACAAUUUCUAUGCGUCAAUCUUGGGAUAUGACGAGGGGAUCCUUUCAGAUGACCGUGGGCUAGCUGCUGCCCUCUGGAGAACCUUCUUCAACCAGAAAUGUGAAGACCCUCGACAGCUUGAAUUGCUGGUGGAAUAUGUGAGGAAACAGAUGCAAUACCUGGACUCCAUGAACGGCGAGGACCUGCUUCUGACAGGGGAAGUGACAUGGCGCCCUCUGGUGGAGAAGAAUCCACAAAGCAUCUUGAAGCCCCAUGCCCCUACUUACAAUGACGAGGGUCUUUGAGAGACUGGUCCCUCUGGACGGUUGGCUGGCUGGCUUUGAGGAAUCCUCCAGGGAAGAAGUGCCUGUUUGUCCCGGGACCCUGAAGAAGGUGGUCUGAAUUGACUUUUGAACAGCACCUGUUGAAUACUCGGCCCGUUUGUGUUGAGUUUCUUCUUCCUGAGCCCGGAGACUGAUCCGGUGGGGUGCUGCUGGGAGGCCCUCUCGCUCUUCCGACAUGUCCCUCCUUCAAGAGAAGCCCCAAGCACACUUCCCGAGUCCCUCCAGCAACACAUGUGACUGGGAGCUCUUUGCGAAGGCCGAGAAAGGGAUGGGUAGGUUAGAAAGGGGUGCCCUCACCAGGGGCCCCUGUCCCUGACUUAUAAUGCUCCUAAGUCAAGAUGGUGACCAUAUACUAUCCCCCAGCUGUGAGCCAUGCGGUUCAAGUAGCCAUUAAAAAGAGACGUUUUCUGCCAUGGUU